AUGCCCGGUUUUGGCGCUGUAGUGUCUGUGGCUCCUCCGCCUCCUCCGAUGGUCCAGCUGACACCACAGAUCCCUCUGACCGGCUUUGUGGCUAGAAUGCAGGAGAGCAUAACAGACAGCCCAGCUCCACCUCCUCCGCCUCCACCAGAGGAAAUGGGUGUGUUUGAUGAGCCCUCGCCCCCACCUCCUCCUCCGCCUGUCGACUAUGAAGAAGAGGAGGCUGCGGUUGUCCAUUACAGUGACCCCUAUGCCGAUGGAGAUCCCCAGUGGGCCCCGAAGGCCUAUUUAGAGAAAGUUGUGGCCAUCUACGACUACAGCAAAGACAAAGAGGAUGAGCUGUCCUUCAUGGAAGGAGCCAUCAUUUACAUUAUCAAGAAGAACGACGACGGCUGGUUCGAAGGCGUCUGCAACGGCGUCACCGGACUCUUCCCGGGAAACUACGUCGAGUCCAUCAUGCACUAUGCUGAUUAGCGGGAAGGAAAAAAAAAAAACCAACCCGCAAUGCUAAGGUAAAACAGGGAAGGUGUAUAGAUGAAUGCAGCUCUUACAGCUGUCAUCUCUCCUUUUUCGAUGGAAGCGCCACGGCAAAAUGUUUGGGAAUAACAGUCUACCACUUUGGCUCGAGAGAAGCACAAUGGCCGCCGAAGCUUUUCGAAGCGCCCGUUCUGUUAGUUUUACACUGUUGACAUGAAGGGAGGAGAUGAAAGCGUUUCAGAGUGCUGCCACGGCGGCAGCGCUUUUGAUUCCCAACUUCAAUUCUCUGCCACACGAGAAAUGAGAAGGGUGAAUAUUUGUCAAUGUUUGCGUUCAUAUGUUAGUGCAGCACAGCCCUGAUCACAUUUGCCGUGUUCAAACCCGACCGGCUCUUCCACAAGGUGCUGCAUCACUGUGAAUUCAACUUAUCAUUGGGUCGCCGCGCCAUCUUGCGCCGUAGACCACGCGGACUGGCCACGUUGCCUGCAAAUUCCAUUCUACCUGAUCAAGACUGAAAUACAGAAAAAAAAAAACAGGUCAAUAAGUGCAUUAGCACGCGACUGAAUGUCAAUCUUCUCAUGUUACAGAGGGAAGAAGGCAACCUCACCUUUCAGGGAUUUGUUGUGAUAUCACCUAAAACACUGAAAAUGUUUUUAGUAGAAGAUCUGCAGUGGGCAGGAAAACGUCCAUUUUCGACCACUUUUUUUUUUGUUCCGAGUAAACUUGAGCUUACACUGGUUGACUUUUCAGCGAGAGGCAGGCUACCUACUGCUCUGAUUGCCUCUCGAUGAUUGAACACGUGUCACCAACCGUCGACCCAGCACACCCGUUUUAUGAAUCGGAGGAAAUAAGACGAAACGGCAUCGAAAGAAACACAAGCACAGAAAGAACCCUACGCGGAAAGGUCUGAGCCCAGAUUCGAGCCCAGAGCUUUUAGUUGUGAAUCCGACUGGCGAGCCGCAUCUGUAACCGUGCCACGAAUGGAGGAAAAAAAAUAACACGAUGUCAGCAGUGACUCGAUCUUCUAAAAGUCCACAUUUUCUAAUGUUUGAGAUGAUAUUCGUAGAAUCCCUUUAAAACUGGUCAACCGGGUUGAUGUAGAAUAUAAAAAACAAACAAACAAAACAAGACACUCUUUCGUCUGCUCUAACUUGUACAUAAAGUGUGACGUGAGGCACUAACAGUAGGGUAAAGUGCAUUUGUCUGUGUGUGAAAACUCCUUGUGAAUUUCCAUCAGUUUCCAUACAGGCGGCGCCAAGAGUCGAUGACACAUUUGUGAUUCUUUUCAUUUGUACGUGCGCAUUUUCUUCAUCGGCCACGUUGCCGUCGAACUUGUACAGUGGGAACCGUCAGUGAUAUUUCUCACCGCCGCCGCAUAUGACUAAUGUGCUGUCCAGCCACUGUAGCAAAGUUGUGUCUCGUCUUGAAGUCAGUGAAGGAGUCGAGUGUGCGUCAGGUCACCACGUAUCAAUAGCUGCACUGCUUUUUCUUUUAUUUUUUUUUCUCCGACUGCAUCACACAAGUCCAGAAUUCUGCCGCAAAGCCGUUGCCUGCCGGUCGAGCGCUUGCUGUUGUGGUGCUUUCCAUCGGUGCUGAACCGCAGCAAUCGUCAACCCAAACAACCUCGACUCAAAGGAGAAAUGUAACAAGGGCGCCUUGUUUGUCGGUUCAUUUUGCAGUGGGAGAAGAGUCGGCCAUUUUGAUUGUAAUCGUCUUUACAAUGUUGUGAAUGUAGUUGAUCUACUGUCAGAGCGGCACGAUUGAAACAAAGUACACGCUGUAUGGACAGAAGUAUUGGAACACCCUUUUCCUAACUCUACCUUCCAGUCGGAGGUAUCGAAUUGCAGUAUCGAGAGCCCUAGGGGUGCGGUUGAACUCCCAAGUGAUCAAGUGAGUCAUUUGGCAGCGAUACUUCUUUCCAUAUAGUGUAUGUCAUGAGCUACAUGGAAAAUCCCCAAUGCAGCACAUAGCAUGACUCUUCACAUACUGUUAAUGGAAAAAAACAAAAAAAACAAUGCCCGAGCUAACUUGCUGUCUGAUGCCAUCAUACAAUCAUUGACAGCGCUCAUCAUAAAUGAGUACAACCCGACGGGUUCCUUUCUGACUCAAACUUAAUCGACCGUAGAUAUAAAUUUGAAUUCACAAGGUUUCCAACUGCGCUGAGUCAACUAUUCAUCGGAAUCUGAAAACGGGGGUGUACACGUUUAUGUUGAGCACUGUAUAUUAAAGGGGCUUAAUUGUGAAUUUUUAUUCAAAAAAAAUUAAGAAAAGUGGAAUGCCUUUUAUGUUCAUAUGGAACAUUUUCAUAAAAAAAAAACAUGCUGCCAAUUCAGUAUUUAUUCAUCCACUUUGCAUGAACAUUUGUCAACAUUUCCUGUGAACACAUCACACAUACGAUUGUACGUUUCCAUCAUGCGGUGACUUGUGCGGGGAAACAAAAAUUACUUUUCUAUGUAUUUCUAGCUUUGCAUUCCACUCGUUUUUACAUCUACUGUCUGUUUGGAGCAGCGGACAAAUGUUUGCGCACACUUUCUAUGUCAAGGGUUUAUUUAUACUUUUUCAUAGAGAAAUCAUGUGACAACCACUUAUGUGCAGAACUUUGUAAUGUUUAUCACAUAACGUCAUUUCUGGGUAUCACAAGUGUAGACGCCCAUUUCUUUUUUAUGUGUCUUUUGUAUGAUGAUGGGGGGAGAUUGGUAACUUAAGUAUUCAUGAGAAGAGAACGGAAUAUUCGUCUUCUCUCGGUUUGUAUAUAGCUGUUGUUCAUUGAAAUUCAUGUACAGUCUUUUUGUAAUAAAAAAUUCAUGGGGGGGAAAAAGUGA